CCACUGGACGGCUGUGCGGAGCUGUGCCAUUUGAAUUUCAGCACAGACACUCACUCACUGCGCUCCCCAUUCCUGGCGUGUCUCCCAGUGCGGAGUUUAGCUGAGGCUCGGGCUCAGUUUUCCCUGCUCUCUCCCUGCAGUGACAGCUCCUCCGGGCUCCGUGAGCCAGGACUCCCGAGCGACCAUGGAGGACACCACCUUGCAAAUCAUCGAGCCCCCCACUGUUUCUGAGACCUCGGAGGAGCAGGCGCCCGAGGAGCCCAUCAAAGCAGACCAGAUCAACGGCGUGAUGGUGCUGACCCUUCUGGACAAGAUCAUCGGAGCUGUGGAUCAGAUCCAGCUGACCCAAACACAGCUGGAGGAGAGACAGCAAGAGAUGGAUAGCGCAGUGACCAGCAUCCAGGGAGAGCUGACCAAGCUGACCAAGGCACACACCACCACCAGCAACACCGUCAACAAAAUGCUGGAGAAGGUGCGCAAGGUGAGCGUCAACGUGAAAACGGUGCGGCAGAACCUGGAGAAGCAAGCCGGGCAGAUCAAAAAGCUGGAGGCCAACGAAGCGGAGCUCCUGAAACGCAGGAACUUUAAAGUCAUGAUCUAUCAGGACGAAGUGAAGCUCCCAUCUAAACUGAGCAUUAGCAAGUCCCUAAAGGAAGGUGAAAAGCUGGAGAAGGAAGGUGAGGGUGAGGAGGUCCCUGUGGGUGAGGACCAUGCAGAGGAGGACCAUGUCCAGCUCUCCUCAGAUGAGGAGGUGGAGAUUGAGGAGAUUAUUGAAGAGUCACGGGCAGAACGCAUCAAAAGGAGCGGCAUGAAAAGGGUGGAUGACUUUAAGAAGGCAUUCUCAAAGGAGAAGAUGGAAAAGACUAAGCUAAAGACCAAGGAAAACCUGGAGAAGACCCGCCACAACUUGGAGAAGACCCGCCACAACCUGGAGAAGAGGAUGAACAAACUGGGCACUAAAAUUGUGACUAACGAAAGGAGAGAGAAGAUGAAGAGCUCUCGGGACAAACUGAGGAAGUCUUUCACCCCUGACCACACCAUCUAUGCCAGGUCCAAGACAGCUGUCUACAAAGUGCCACCCUUCACUUUCCAUGUCAAGAAAAUAAGAGAGGGUGAGGUGGAGGUGAAAGCCACAGAGCUGGUGGAGGUUGGUGGAGAGGAAGGAGAAAAUUCAGAUCUGAUGCGUGGGGAGAGCCCCGACAUGCACACGCUGCUGGAGAUCACGGAGGAGACUGACGCGGUACUGGUGGACAAGAGUGACAGCGAGUAGGACAGACUGCAGAACACAAGGGUUGGUGGAUGACAGCUGAACACAUUAUCACUCACAUUUCGAGCUCUCCCUGCCCUGGAGCCCCAGGGAAGUGUACACGAUGUAUCCUUCUUACCCUGCAGAGCCCACGCUGAUCCCCUGCCUGCUUGUACAAGGUGUAUUUUAUAUUUUAGUUUUAGCGCAUAAACAUUAGGAACAUGGAACUGAUUUUCUUACACUACUAAAUCACCCUUGGAGACCAUUCCUGCUGCAGCCUUCUUGCCCCACACCUGAAGAUAGGCUUUGAGUGACAGGGCCCUGACUGAGCUGGAGAGUGCUGAUCCCAAGACAAUGGCUGUACAGCUGAAAAUUCAAGAGUCCUCC